AUCCAAUUAGAUUGUUAAGUUUUUUUUGAUGCAGAUCUAAAAGAGAAAAAGACAAUCUUAUAGACUCAAAAAUCCAUUAACAAUAAUCAUUAUCUAUAAUGAUCCCAAAUUUCAAAACACCAUUUGGCUCUCUUCUCUCAGAAUUUUGUGGCCAAGAAUAUAUAAAUGUUUCCUUGAGCCAACCAAGGCUAUCCCUUUUUUUUUUUCUGGCUAGUGUCUCUACCCUACCUUUCUUCUCUCGUUAUGACUUUUCCUACCAAUUAGUGUUAAAUUUGGCAAUUUCCUUAUGACUUUUCCUGCCAAUGUUAAAUUUUGCAACUAUAUAAGAACAGAUAAGGGCAGGAAUCUGACACCAUAUUCUCGUUGAUAACAAGCACCUCUCUUUCAAUAGCAAACCAUGCAGGAAAACACAACAGCUUCUCCAACACCAAAACAAACACAAAAAUCUAGCAAAGCAAAUGAAAAGGGUUUUUCCCUCUUCACCCUUUUCCAGUUUGCUGAUGGAGUUGACAAAUUCUUGAUGGUUUUUGGGUCAAUCUGCGCCAUUGCAAAUGGACUAGCACAGCCUGUUAUGGCACUCCUAUUCGGUGGUGUUGUUGACACUUUUAGCACUGCGGAUUACCAGCAUAUGCCUCAAGACAUAUUGCGGGUAUCUAUCAAGUUACUAUACUUGGCUGCUGGAGCAGGGAUUGCUGCACAAAUGCAGGUCUCAUGCUGGACCAUCACAGGAGAAAGACAGGCUUCUAGAUUACAAGGCUUGUACUUUGAAACAUUGUUAAGACAAGAAAUUGGAUACUUUGACACUGAAAUGACAGUGGGACAAGCCCUUGGGAUGGCUUCAAGUGAUGCCAUAACCAUUCAAGAUGCAAUGAGUGCAGAGAUAGGAAAGUCUAUCCAAUACUUGUCAACCUUUCUUGGCGGGUUUUUAAUUGCCUUUGCUAGAGGAUGGCUUCUUUCUCUGUCCCUGGUUUCAAUGAUUCCUUCUCUUCUCAUUGUUGGAGGGGUUACAGUGAUUAUUCUUGCCAAAAUGUCCAUUAACACUCAAGCUGCUUAUUCUGAAGCCAGAGGUGUGGUGGAAGAGACUAUUGGAGCAAUUAAAACCGUUUCAUCCUUAACAGCAGAAAAUGAAGCCAUCACUAAGUAUGCCAAGAAACUGGAAAAAGUCAACGUGUUUUCUGCCAGACAAGGAUUGGUCUCAGGGCUAGGAUUAGGAACAGUGUCUUUUAUUCUUUUUGGUGGUUAUGGACUAACCAUUUGGUAUGGAUCUAAAUUAAUCCUGGAGAAAGGUUACACAGGUGGACAGGUUAUCAGCAUUAUAGUUGCACUGGUGUAUGGUGGAAUGGCAUUGUUACAAUCUUCGUCAUGUUUAAACGCAUUAUCAUCAGGAAAAGCUGCUGCAGGUAACAUGUUCAAGACAAUCAAAAGAAAGCCAAAAAUCAAUGCUAUUGAUUCGGCUGGGAUUGUACUGGAAAACAUCAAGGGCGAAAUUCAUCUAAAAGAUGUCUACUUCAGAUAUCCUGCAAGGCAAGCUGUGGAAGUAUUCUCUGGUCUAUCUUUACACAUCUCAAGUGGUAAGCAUGUAGCCUUAGUUGGGAAAAGCGGAUGUGGGAAGUCAACAGUGAUUAGUUUACUAGAAAGGUUUUACGAUCCAGAUGCUGGUGAAGUACUAAUAGAUGGUGUCAGUGUGAAGAGAUUACAGCUCAGGUGGCUAAGGGAAAAGAUAGGCUUAGUCAGUCAGGAACCAGUAUUAUUUGCCACAACAAUAAGAGAGAACAUAGCAUAUGGAAAGGACAAUGCCACAGAAGAUGAAAUCAACAAAGCCCUUCAGUCUUCUUCUGCUGCAGCCUUCAUCAAAGACUUACCACUGGGUCUAGACACCAUGGUAGGCAACCUUGGAGCUCAACUCUCUGGUGGACAAAAGCAGAGAAUUGCUAUUGCUAGGAUAAUUCUAAAGGACCCUACAGUUUACCUUCUCGAUGAAAUAACGAGUGCAUUGGACACAAAAACUGAAAAAGCAAUCUAUGAUGAAAUCUUCAAGAUUGCAUCAAGACGAACAGCAAUAAUCGUUACUCACAGUUUAUCAAGUGUUGAAAACGUUGACAGUAUUGCAGUUAUGCAUCAGGGAAAAAUUGUGGAGCAAGGAACUCAUGCUGAAUUAAUCAGAAAUCAAGAUGGGCACUAUUCCAAACUAGUUAGCUUACAAGGGAAAAAUCAAGUUGAGAAUUCCAAACGGAAGAAUGGAGAAACAAGAAAGUACAUCACUGAGACAAUGGAAAAUUUUGAGGGUCUGUUGUCAUCCACUGAGAGUAUUACGAGAGAAAGUUUAUCAAGUACUAAUCAUUCUUCUAGAAAAUAUACUGGUAUUAAUACUCAGGUUAGUUGCAGAGAAAAUGAAAUAAAAAAGGAACACAAAUUUCAAAAGCAUUCAACCUUUUCAAUUAAGUGGCUUGCUAACCAAUGCAAAGAUGUUGUCCCAAUUUUACUGAUUGGAACAUUUUCUGCAAUAGUUCAUGGGAUAGCAUUUCCAGUAUAUGGCUUCCUAUUCGCAACAGCUAUAACAAUUUUUUAUGAACCUCCUAGUCAGCAAGAAAAAGAUUCAAGUUAUUGGGCACAAAUGUAUGUGCUCAUAGGCAGUAUCACAUUCUUAGCAGUAUUAUCGCAAAACUAUUCAUUUGGAGCUGCAAGUGGUAAGCUGAUAAAGCGAAUUUCAUUGCUAUCAUUUGACAAGAUUGUUCAUCGAGAAAUUUGCUGGUUUGAUGAUCCUUCAAAUUCAAGUGGUUCGGUUGGUGCAAGGCUCUCUUGCAAUGCUUCAAUGUUGCAGAGCCUUCUGAAAGAUGGCUUGUCCCUCCUUAUCCAAAAUAUAUCAACAGUUUUUGCUGGAUUGUUCAUAGCCUUAAUGGAGAACUGGAUGUUGGCAUUGAUACUUGUCGCAUUGUGUACUAUGUUGGCAAUGCUAAGCUUCAUUCAAACAAAAUUCCUCAAAAGAUUUGCUGCAGAUGCUGAGCUUAUUUAUGCUGAGCAAAGUCAAGUUGCAAGUGAUGCCAUUGGAAAUAUAAGAACAGUCGCAUCAAUUUGUGCAGAAGAUAAGGUGAUGGAGUUAUAUCGGAAAAAAUCUGGCACCAAAAUGACACACUGGAUCCGACUAGGAAUUAUAAGAAGUAUCAACUUUGGCAUUUCUCAAUUUGGAUACUUUUUCACAAGUGCCCUGUGUUUCUACAUUGGUUCCGUUCUUGUUGAACACAAGAAAGCAACUGUGGCAGAACUUUUCAAGGUUUACUUGGCUUUCAUAGCCUCAGCAGCAGGAAUUGCACAAGCCAAUGGUACGGCAUUCGAUGCAAAUAAAGUCUCUGCUUUGGCUAGUUCAUUGUAUAACAUUUUUGACAGCAAAGAGACAAAUGGUUCCAGUAGCACAACGGGCAUGACACUGAAAAAUCUAAGAGGUGACCUUGAAUUCCAAAAUGUUAGCUUCAGUUAUCCAUCUCGGCCAAAUGUGCAAAUUCUGAAAGAUGUGUCCUUGAACAUUUCUCCUGGAAAGACUGUUGUUUUUGUUGGAGAAAGUGGGAAUGGCAAGUCAACAUUAAUAAGUCUAGUAGAGAGAUUUUAUGAUGUUAAAUCAGGAUGUAUAUUAUUGGAUGCCAUUGAUAUCCGAAACUACAACCUGAAAUGGCUGCGACAACACAUAGCUUUGGUGAGCCAAGAGCCCAUACUCUUCAAAGAUACCAUUCGUCGCAACAUAACAUAUGGCAAGCAAGAAGAUACAACAGAAGAUGAAAUUGUUGCAGCUGCAAAAUUAGCAAAUGCACACAACUUCAUAUCAGCGUUACCUCAAGGCUAUAAUACUCAUGUAGGGGAAUGUGGAGCUCAAUUAUCCGGCGGACAAAAGCAACGGAUUGCCAUUGCACGGGCAAUAGUGAAGGACCCAAAAAUCCUAUUACUAGAUGAAGCAACAAGUUCUCUAGAUGCAGAGUCAGAAAAAGCAGUUCAAGCUGCACUAAACCAAGUGAUGGUAAGCAAAACAGCAAUUGUUGUGACUCACAGGUUGACAGCAAUUAGAGGAAGUGACACCAUUGCAUUUCUGAGAAAUGGCGUGAUUGUUGAGAAAGGUAGACAUGAUGAGCUCAUAAAGAUAGCUAAUGGGGCUUAUGCCUCUUUAUUUUCACGUCAUCUGAACCACUCAAUCUAGCUACUCCAUGUGAUUAUGCUUAUACCUCUCUGUAUCCAUAAGUUGUAGACGCUGCAAAAAGUGUCUAUUGGAAAAUUGAUAAUCGUUCACUGUACUCAGAAACAAAGAGUUCGCAUUAAGCUAUAUAUAUAUUUUUUUCUGUUUUUAAUUGAACA